AUGCCUACCAGACUUCUUGCUCUUAUGUUCAUAUUGGCUUCUGCUGUUCCAGGCAGAACAAUUGGAAGUCUGGAGCAUAGAGAUCUCAGCCCUCAAUGCGCCCCCGGUGGAAAUUUCGACUUCUCCACCUGGGAACUCCAGCUGCCUAUUGGGAAUCCGGGCAGCCCAACAACGAUUUCCAGCUCAGCACUCCAAGGAUGUUCUGGAUACCAAGAUCUUGGACAUGAUUACUUCUUCGCGGAGAGUGGAGAUGGUGCUUUGGUCAUGAAGGUCCCCGGCUCACCCUCUUCCUCUGGAUGCGUGACAACACCAAACACCAAAUUCUGUCGGACGGAGCUUCGAGAGCAGAAUCCGUCGAGCUGGGAUCCAAAAGCCGCGAAAAACCGACUAGGUGCUACGGUAUCUGUGCCCAAACCUGAUAAUAGCAACCAUGGCACAGUAGUGGGGCAGAUCCACAUGGAUGCGAGCGUGUCAAGCUUUCCAGUGGCAAAGCUGUACUAUAAAUCCAACGGCGACAUCUCGAUCGGAGUGCAUAAAUCGCGGUCAGGCGGCACUGAGUACUAUACAUCAAUGGGAAACAUUGCUUUGGGCAAGACGUUCACCUACGAGAUUCGAUAUGAAAAUGGCACCCUAUCCGUCAGUAUCAACGGUGGCGCUGCCAAAGUUGUGAGUUUGGGCAAUUUAAAUUCACCCUUGAGUUAUUUUAAGGCCGGAAACUAUAACCAAGGAGACAGUCCUUCGGAAGUGCAUUUCUUCAAAAUUUCUGUGCAGCAUUGA